CCAGAUAGUUAUGCGUUCUCUUAUUUUUAAAUAAGAAUGCCAAUGAUCAAAAUAAUUUAAGCUCCCAUCUGAUAUACAUUGUGAGAAUCUAACAAAAGUCCAAGUACAGGAAAAAACUAAAGAUGCUUAAACCUUUGCUGUCUCAUGUUACUUCAAAACCAAACAUGCCUGAUUCAGCUAGUGUAUUUUUCUGAUCAUCUAAUGGUUUUCAUUAAUACAUAUCAUGUAUCAAGCAUGAGUAACUGUUUUCUUUGUACCUGAAUACUUCUAAAUGAAUACAUGUGGAGAUACACCUAUUAGGUUUUCAUUGAAAGAACAAAGUGAUGCAGGAGAAAUGUCUGAUGAUGCUUUAUUUAGAAAGAUAUCUUUUGAGAGCAUUGCCCUUAUGGUCUUACAAAAAACACAAGCCCUCUAUUCGCACAAAUUCACUCAAUAAAGGUAUUUAUAGUUUAUUGCAGUGUUUGUGAAAAAAUUGUAGAGGAACAGUAACAUCUCAGACCCCUCCCUGGGGGAGAUACCUCCUGUCAGCCCUCCUCUCCGCUGGAAGAGUCACUCUCUCUUCCCCUCUCUACAUCAGUGGCGUUUCAACCCUGAUGACAAAAACUAUCGACACUGUGUGGCGUCGUACUGGAGAUCUGUGAUUUAUCAAUGUGUAUGGUUAUAUUUGCUCCGAUUUUUGCCAUCUGUGCUUUUGCAACAUGUGGAGGAUACUAUGGGCAUCUCCAGGUUAAAGUGGACUGUGCAGGCAGGAGGCCGACUAACCUCAGCAUCAACAUUGAUUUUGGAUAUCCUUUCAGAUUAAUAGAUGUGCAUUUUAAGGCUCCCUUGUGUGAGGCGAAGAGGGAAGAGAUUAUUUUCCUGGAUGGCGACUUUUCCUCCGCCUCUCAGUUCUUCGUGACUGUGGGUGUUUUUGCUUUCCUGUACUCUCUACUGGCAACCAUUGUCUACGUCUUCUACCAGAACAACUACCUGAAGAACAACAGAGGCCCGCUUGUGGAUUUCGUUGUUACAUCCAUCUUCUCCUUCAUGUGGCUCGUGAGCAGUUGCUGUUGGGCCAAAUCUCUUUCUGAUAUUAAGACAGCCACAAACCCAACACAGGUGCUUCUGCUCAUCUCAGCCUGCAGAGCUCAUGAGAACAAAUGCACGGCCACCCAGGAGCCUCUCUGGUCACGACCUAACACAUCUGUGGUUUUUGGUUUCGUAAAUGUUGUCCUCUGGGUUGGCAAUAUUUGGUUUGUCUUCAAAGAGACAGGCUGGUACAAGACAGGUCAGAGAUAUCCAACCAGAAGUGCUUCUGGGAAACGCCACAGUGAAAUGAGGCAGCGUCUGUACAUUGGGAGCAGCUUCGAGCAGCCGGACGAGGGUUACGGACCCCAACUCUCCAGACAAGGCAGUUUCAAUCAGCAGGUCAACAGACAAGUUAGCUUCAACGAGUCACAAGUAAGCCUAAGUUUACCGCACGCAUAUCUUGGAAAACCAGUCAUUUAUGACAGGGACAAUAAAGUAGCUUCUCAAGGGCCGAUGAUAAUUGUCAAUGAGAUGUGAUUUUGGGCUGGUACAAUGCUCCAUAUGGAGAACCAGAGAGGGAAAUGAAUCUUAACGUCUAGGUUAAAAGGAAAACACAGAUGGUAUAUUGUUGAGCAUUUCCUGGAUGAUACAAGUUGUACCUUGAAAUUAGAAAUUGUAAUGCAUCACUUGACAGUCAAACUGAGUAGUCAAUGCAAGUUAAAAAAAAAGAUAAUAAUUGUUAUUAUUAUAAUAAUAACAAUAAUAAUAAUAAUAAUAAUAAUAAUAAUAAUAAUAAUAAUAAUAGAAUAAUAAUAAUAGAAUAAUAAUAGAAUGAUGGGAUAUGUUUGGUCCCCUUUGGAGAAUGGUUGAUUUUAAUCCCACAGUUUUGCCAUAACCCAGGUUGGGGAAUAAACACACAUCCGUAAAUAGACUGCUGAUCAUCUUGCAGUGAAGAAAUACCAUAUAUAUAUAUAUAUAUAUGUAUAUAAAAGACAAUUAUUAUAAUCAUUUUAGCCCUGCCUAGUGCAACAUUUAGAUGGAUUUAGAUUGUGCAUUUACUUUAAGUAUGGUGUGAUACUGAUUAUUACUUGUGUUAAAUAAAGGGUUUAUUUGAGUGAUGCCGAGUACAGUGGUAACAAUAUGUCUGUAGGUAAAUAUGCAAAAUGGUAUGUCUACCUCUGUUAACUACAUGGAAGAUAUUUAUGAUUUUACAAGCUAAUAGUUUUCGGACUCAGAAAAGUAUGUUUUCUGUAAAGAUACUACUGUAGUUAUUCUGACCCCUAACCACAGUCUUUGCUUUUAUAAAAAAAACAAAACGUUUUUCAAUGCAGGGCCUUACAGGUGAGCUUAUGUUUUCAUUCAUUCAUUUUUUUUUCGUUUCACCCACGGUACAUAUUUCACAUAACAUAUUAACUUAGAGAAGUUUAUUGUCCAUGAUAGAAAGGAGCAGGGGGAAGAAAAUCUUAUUUGACCUACUCACUAUGAGUUGGUCUGUUAUCACAGCUGUCAGAUUGCAUGCUAUACUAGAUAUUCGCGCAAAAAUUACAUAUGAACCGUUCUUUUAGAAUAUACACCACUUUUGGAUUGAUUUGAAUUUUUGUAACCAUAGUUUAUUUAAAUUGUUUUAACUUAAAAUCUUCAGAAAUUCAUUAAAAUAAUAUGGCAAAGAAAUGAAUGCUCAGCGAUUUGGUUUGGUUUAGAUUUAGACUUAGAUUGUGUUAAUAUUGAACUAUUCUCACUUCAUUUAUUAUACAUCUUUCUGAUUUUUACCUGUGAAUGAAAAACCUUUUUUGUUUUUUCCAACUGUGUCUUCAUAUCUUUUCUGAAAAUAUUUGGCUCUGGACUGUGUUUAAAGGAGAGCCCGUGCAGAUGCCUGUCUCAGAAAUACACUUAACCAAUUUACCAGUGUAAUAGCUAUGAAUAUUUCAUGUUUGAAUGUGGCAUUAUCAAAUACAUAAUGUUUCAGUCAAGAUUAACAUUAGGAUGUGUGCAUAUCGGUAUAAAUAUAUUUAAAUUCACAUUUUAUUAUUCUAGUGUCAAAUAAUAAUAAUCUUAUCAAAUAAUAUGUUGCAAACUAAAGAAACUAAGUUACAUGAUUUGGAUUUUGAAUAGUGUGCUCACGUUGCACUGAUACCUUUAUUCCCACAGUUUCUGCAUUAUACUGAUCAUUACUUUAAUUGACAAAAGAGAUAAUCUCUAUACAAUUCAUAACCUACUGUUCAAAAUGUGUAGAGUAAUUAUAUAUGUGUGUUUUAUUGUAAUGAAUAUAUUAGGCAUAGUUUAUUGAGUUGUAAUUGGAAAUAAUAUAAUGAUGAUUAUUAAUAUGAAAAUAUAAUGAUCUCAUCAAUAAAGCCUGUUAUGGACGUUUAUAAUGUUCUUACCUUAUGCAGCAGAACUGGUGUCUUGAACACCAGCCAGGAAAAGUAUUGAAUGCAUCUUAUAAUAUUACAUUUGUUUUUCCAACCUCUGUAUGCAGCUAUAAUGCGAACAAUUAGAACAAAGAGAGACAAUGCUUGUGUCAGCCAGCCCUCUGACAGACACACUAACCACAUGCAGGUGUCCAGAGAAAGCUCUGGAAGGAAAUUACAGUGUUUGAGCCCACUGCAUGACAAUUAGGGUCAGGUUAUCAGCAGGAAAUGGAGGGCUUUGGUAUUCAAGAAGGCUGUAUUUAUCCCCUCUGAGCUGCACCAUGUUAUAGACUGAUGUGUAACAUUUAUCCUUGGUAAUGUCUGUAUUCCCACUAGCAGCGCAUGCCUUUAUUUACAACCGACAGUAGUAUGCUUUAUUUGUAUUUGUUGUAUCUAUACAAAAGACAUCUAUUGCAUAUCUGUCUGUUGUUGGGAGAGUCUGUCUGUCGGCUGCGAGGGUCUCAGGAGGUUUAUGCUGUACACACUGUAAAGCUUCCUGAGAGAAAUGUGUAAUUUGUGAUGUUGUGCUAUAAAAAUAAAAUUGUAUUGAUUGAU